CCACCAUGUCCGCUCUCAAGAUCGUCGCUGUCCCCGGUGAUGGAAUCGGCCCCGAGGUGACGGCGCAGGCCGUCCGCGUCCUCGAGACCAUCUCGGCCCACUCGGACCUCAAGUUCACGGUCGAGUCGCACGACUUUGGCGGCAUUGCGAUCGACAACCACAAGAACCCGCUCCCCGACUCGACCCUCGACGCCUGCAAGACCGCCGACGCCAUCCUCCUCGGUGCCGUCGGUGGGCCCAAGUGGGGCACGCACCCGACGCUCCGCCCCGAGCUCGGCCUCCUCAAGCUGCGCAAGGAGCUCGGCCUGUACGCCAACAUCCGCCCGGCCCUGUUCCCGGCCCCGUCGCUCGUCGCCCACUCGCCGCUCAAGGAGCACAUUGCCCAGGGCACCGAGAUUGUCGUAGUGCGCGAGCUCAUCGGCGGCAUCUACUUUGGCGAGCACCGCGAGGCCGUCGCCGGCGCGACCGAGGGCCCCGACGCCCAGGCGUUCGACGCGUGCACCUACUCGGUGCCCGAGGUGCAGCGCAUCACGCGCCUCGCGGCCUACCUCGCCAAGUGCUCGAGCCCGCCGUUGGCGAUCCACUCGAUCGACAAGGCCAACGUGCUCGCGACGAGCCGGCUGUGGCGCCGCGUCGUGCAGGAGACGAUCGACCAGGAGGAGCCCGACCUCAAGCUCGACCACCAGCUCGUCGACUCGGCCGCCAUGCUCAUCUGCGCCAACCCGCGCAAGCUCAACGGCAUCGUCCUCACCGAGAACCUGUUUGGCGACAUCCUGUCGGACGAAACGUCGGUCAUCCCGGGCUCGCUCGGCCUGCUCCCCUCUGCGUCGCUCGGCGGCAUCCCCGACGGCAAGUCGCGCAUCCCGGGCUUGUACGAGCCCAUCCACGGCUCGGCGCCCGACAUUGCGGGGCAGAACAUUGCCAACCCGAUCGGCACCAUCCUCAGCAUCGCGCUCAUGCUGCGAUACUCGUUUGGCAAGGAGCACGAGGCCAAGCUCGUCGAGGAGGCGGUCCGCGUCGUGCUCGACGACGAGAAGGUCGGCGGGUGCGGGUACCGCACCAAGGACCUCGGCGGCGACAAGACGACGACCGACGUCGGCGACAAGGUCGUCGAGGUGCUCGCCGGCCUGCUCCAGAAGAAGUAGAUGCGGCCCGCGCGCGCGUGUCCAGUUUCUCUCGCUCGAGGCGGUACCAGAUCAAGCAGUGCAACGAUGAAAAGACGGCCGGGUCGUCCUCUCUCUUCCUCUC